AUGUCGGCAACGCAAUGUGCAUAUUAUAAAAACCAAAGGAAGGUUUCUAGAAAAAUUAGGUUUUCGGUGGGGUUGGCUUACCCUAAGCCGCAUAGGGAGUUACAUAAGGAGAACCAAGUUGUGUUGAAGGUACGAUCGCAAGAUCAGAAUCAAACUCUCGUGCCAAUUUCAUACGAUAUUCCAGAUGAUGCUUCACAUGGUAUGAAGGGUGGUAUUUUAUCCCCAGUGGGGUCGCUUGACAUAAUCCGAUGGCCGCAGAACGCUCUGACCGCAGACUCCAUGAUCCCCAACGGUGGUGCUUAUCCGAAGGACUUUGACCUUGCGAGCUUGAAAUCCCCUUCUCUGUCACCUUCUGUUCUGUAUUCGCUGAACGAAAACGAGGUGCUCGACCUGUGGAAAGCCUCGCCGGUGCGAUCCCCAUUCCAUCUACCUCUUUACGAUAGUCCGAGAGUAGUGCUGCCAAUUGCCUUGAACGAGACAGAAAUGUCUUAUUUCGACUACUAUUGCAGUCAUGUGGCUAAUGAGAUCUCCAUUGUUCCUGGGGAGCUCAACUACUUCCUGAAGGUGUUUCUGCCGAUGGCCUUGAAAAAUGAAGGUGUUUUGGCGUGUUUGAUCGCAUGGGGAUGUAUCUUCAAGAACAAUAAGAGCAGAACCACCAUAGACGAAUUGUGGAUCCAGCGGGCUAUGCUCUAUGUCAAAAAAUCUCAGGAAACCCAUGGUUUGACCGGGGAAGUCUUCCUGACAUCAUUUGCAUGUUACAUGAUUCUGGUUUGUUUGGAAGUUUCAGUUGGAGAUACCGAUGCGUGGUCACGAUUUUUAACGUGUGGAUAUGAUUUGAUAAACUCGUUUGGCCGUGGAUUUGCCGUUCUGGAGAACUUCUCGACAGAAGGUCAUCUGCUGGCUGAUAACUUUGCAUACUUCGAUAUCCUGGCAUCCCAGUCGCAUGACAAUGGUACAUAUUAUGGUGUUGAGGAGUACGCAGACACUCACAAUACGAACCAAGAUGGCACCAUGUUUGACUCAUUGCAGGGAUGUAUACGACCUCUUAUACUCAAACUUGGAGAUGUCGUGAACCUAGUGAGAAACAUGAAACUAAUACGAGAGGCAAAUGACAUUACGGAUGACCAAAGAGUGAGUAUGUUGACGUCGGUCCUGGAAAGAGCCACGGAACUGGACCUGGAAGUGGAGAAUUCGAAACUCAAUGCUUCUGAUUUCGACAAUCUGGUGAGAGGCGAUGUUCCGCUUGAACAUCAUUUAACGUUAUUCGAGCUCUUCCAGCUUGCAAUUCAGAUUCAUCUGAGGCAGGCAGUUCGCAGACUACCUCCUAUUGUUCCAGAGAUUCAGUGUCUUCUGUACAGAAUGAAGAGUUGUCUUAAGGUUAUCAUCAACUCUUCGGUGAAGUCGUCGCUGUGUUUCCCGCUGCUUAUAGCUGGCUUGAGUUGUGUCAAACAGACUGAUAGAGAUGAGAUCAGAGGUCUCAUAAACGCUCUGAUUUCUAGAUACGAGUUCUCCAGCAUUAACAAGGCAAUGCUGGUGCUUGAAGAGGUGUGGAGGCUCAACAUGGACGGGGCCAUAUGUGUGGAUUGGUUCAAGAUUACCAAGCAAUUUGGCUGGCGUUUAAAUUUGGGAAGAUAA